AUUUCUCUGCAGGCGAGAUUUAUAGCUCAAAUCAUUAUUGUUGGCGCUCAAGUUGUUGGUCGGGCCUUUACACAAGCUCUUCGCCAGGAGUUUCAAAGUAAGUUCAAGUGAUGCAAUCGAUCACUGGAAUGUCUUCACCUAUUUUUUUUGUUGGAUUGGCUCGCGAAACGAAACAAGUAUUGUUCUUUGUGAGCAACCAUUAGCUAUCAUUUAGCUACCUGAUCAAGCAAAUUAACUGUUAGUUGAAAAUGUCAAUGAAUUGAUUGAGAUGAUGGAAGUUCCAUCGAAUGCUGAUGCAAAUUAUGCUUCAAACGAAUUGUGCACAGUAUUAGAGAGUACGCUGUUCUAGGGAGAUUUUUUUAUUACUGUUAAAUUGGUAUGAAGGCCUUUUUCCCAAAAACCUUUAGUGAAUAUCUAGGGGUCUCAAACCAGUCUAACAUAGACACUCCGCCUUGCUGUGGGAGAUGAUUAAACUUAAGGUUAGAGAGUCAUCAAUUUUUUACGGAAAUGAAAAAGCUAAGUCUAGGCGAACGGACGAAACCAAACAAUACGAUACGAUCACCUACCAAGAGAAAAAAAUAGAUGUCACGAUGUCCCCCAUUUUAAAAGGGGAAUUGGAGCAAAAACUGAUUGAGGCAAAAGAGAACUUGGAAAAAAUGUACGAAUAUAAAACCCAGGGAACUAUCUUACGGUCCAAAACCCGCUGGUAUAACGAAGGUGAAAAAAAUUCAAAAUACUUUUUCAACUUAGAAAAACGUCACUUCAAGCGCAAAGUUAUAAUCUCCGGGAAUUGCAUUUCUCUAAUGCUGUAGCCAUCUCCAUUGCAAAUGUUGGCGAUCAGAUUAUCUGGCUUAAUUCAUUGAUAAGAAUUGACAAUCAGCCUGUAUUCUGUAAACACUGGAUGCAUCAUGGUGUGUGCAAAGUUACUCAUCUAUUAGGUGAGGGUGGGAACCUCCUCAGAUAUGAUGCCAUGAAAUCAUAUUUUCAGGAGUUAAAUUGGUUCGAGUAUUGUAGUAUAGCUUCAGCUGUUAAAUCACUUAACAAUAAGGUGCAAAAUAAACUGACAUAUGAGGUUGUUUCCACCGAGGGAACAUCUAUUACUGAAUUAACAGCUAAAAGUAAAGUUAACAACUUUAUUUAUAAGUCGCUACUGAGAAAAAGAAGCUCUACACCCAUUAGAAGCCAAGAGAAGUGGCUCAGUGACCUUCAAGUCGAAAAUGCAAGUGAUAUUGAUUGGAAAGAUGCAUACACAAUCGCUUUCCACUGUACGGCUUCUACAAAAUAUUAAGAACUUUUCAUUAUAAGUUUUUGCAUUGGAGGAUUGCUACCAAUGAUUUUUUAAAGAAAAUAAAUUUAAAGCAAUCGGACAAAUGCUGUUUUUGCCAAAGGGAAAUGGAGACUAUAUCUCAUCUAUUUCUGAGAUGUUCGGCAACAAUUGCUUUUUGGAACGUUGUUAAACAAUUCUUAAUUCAAAAGGGCCUCAAGAGUACUGCACUAACCGAUCUGCAUCUGAUGGGACUCUCUAAAUUUGCACCCUCUACCGCCAUUGAUCUCGUUCUUCUUAUUGGGAGACAUCAUAAAUACUCGAGCAAACGUGCAGGUAUGUCUCCCUCCAUGACUCUUUUUAAGGGCAAACUAAAUGUCGUCAUUGAGAUGGAAAAACAAGAAGCACUCCGCUGUAAUUCUUUCAAAAUCUUUUCAAACAAAUGGAAAUUUUUUCUUAUUAAAAUUUGUUGCUUGCACUGGUUACCCUUUAGCUAUAGCUAACCGUUUUGACUUAGCCAUGUGUCCUGCAAAGUUGAGCCAUCCACUGUCCACUGUUCACUGUCCUUUCCUUUUAUUAUAAGUAGCUAAGCGAAUUCAAGCAUAAAUGUAACCUCAGCUAUUUUUAUGUUUGUUUCGUCAAGUUGUAAUAUGUAUACAUUUUGUGUGAUGUAAAUUUAAAAAAAAAAAAACAUAGACACUCUGCUAACUAACUGUUCAUCCUCGGAGACCCAGGGGCAGACAGGAAAUAGACCUUGUCACGGUUUUCGACGCCAUCUUGACGAGUAGGCCUGAACGCAUGAGAAAUUACAAUGAUUGUAUGAGAAUCUAAUGUCGAAUAAUUUCCCUAAGACGGCUGUUCUGAGAAAAAUAUCAAUUAUAAACUAAAGCUACAAAGCAAAGGAUUGUCCUAAAAAAUUUUGGGGGUGUACCUGUGCUUAGAUUUCUCCAGAGGCUUGCUUUAGAUUUUCCAUAUAUUUGUCUGUAAUUUUCCCGGGACUUUCUUACAGACAAAUGAAUAGAAUAUUUAAAAAAAGUGGUUCUAGGUCUUCCAAUGCAUGUAACGCCCUCAAAUUUUUUCAGGAGAAUCCUUAGGAGUGAAGCUUUAGUUUACAAAUCAUAUUUUUUUUUUAGAACAGCCGUUCUACAGAAAUUAUUCAACAUUAUACUCUAAAAUCGAGAUUGCUCUGAAUCUCUCGAUUUAAGAAAAAGUUUUCUUAUUAUACGAGAAAAAUUUAAAACAAAUCAUAGGAUAAGAACUCUUUUUUCUGUUAUUCAAACAGGCAGUUUAAAUUUACGAGAACAAAAUCUUAUUCUAUAAUUUGUUUUAAUUUUUUUUUCUUAAAAUAAGAAAUCUUGAAUUUAGAGUGGCAGUCAGUCGGGUCGGGAGAAGCAAGUACAUCACACUUUUUUGUACAUUUCUCUGCCGUCAACUGCGCGACUACCCUCGAAAAUGCCUAAUUCGUGUUUUGUGAAGGACAUAAACAAGCAAUGACAAAAUUGAUUCUCUUCGUGAACUUGGAUAUGGUUGUUAGAAAUUAAGCUCCAGAAGAGUGCUCUUGCAUUUUGACAAAAUAGGCGAGUUGGAAUAAUCACGAUAGAAACUGAAAAAAAGUGAAUUCCCUUUUCCAUGCAACGUUUUUGUGGUUGUCAGCCAUCGUGGUAUCUUUCAAAAACUCCCUAAUAUUUACGCAAGAUGUGACCAAUGCAAGCAUGAAUACCUGUUGUAAGCUCAAGCUUGUUUUUUUGAAAAAGAUGGGGAUUUUAUAUCAAACUGAAAGUAUCCUGACUGCGUGCAUGUCUUUGGUGCAUGAGCCAGACAAUCCGUGAUUGAAACAAUGGCCGUCGUGUACAAACUCACGAAAAGAACUCAGGAGAAACGCCGAUUGGGCACAAUAAUACAAAGCAUUUUUUGUGCCCAAUCAGGAGCCGGCAUGCGCUUGAAUUUUUGGAAACAGUUUUGUGAGAGUUGGAACCCAGGGGCUCUUUUGCCCGUACUUGAAAACUUUCGUUGCGCCCUUUCUCCCGACCUGACUGACUGCCCCUGGGUCUCCAAGGAUGACCAAUGUUGUGCCAUCAUGUACAUGUACAUCUGUACAGGUGGAGUCUUCAGUCCAGGAAUUUGGUAUAACAACUCUAAUUUGUUUUUUGUCAAAUACAGUGAGUUUUCAGCAUGCAUAAUAAAUGUAAUUCAUGUGGUGCCAUGAGAAAAUCUUUUGAGUAACCUUGUAGCUGAAUUUUCUCUUUUUAAAGCAGAGGGUGAUAUGUUAAUAAUUAUCUGUGGGACUCUUGGAAACAGUGCCAAAUCUACCAGUCACCCAUAUUACUGGUCAUCAAGUCUCCCCAUCAUUGAUUUUUAAGCUCACAGCAUGGAUUCUGUUGAGCAUCAUUUUUGCUUGCCUUUCAUCGUUGCCAAAAAUAACUCACUUAAUGACCGGGGACUGGGUCAAUUUUGUGUAUAAGGAAGGGAGUGGGGGGAGAUUGAUGUGGGGGUGGGGGUACUGCAGGAAAGAACCCUUAAAACAGAACACAUUUAAGAUCUCCAGAGUUAGGAAUCCUUGAUAGGGGAUCUGCCAAUCUGUUUGUGUUUUUCAUCUCAGUCAAUUCUUUGAUUGUGGUUGUUCAUGACCGUCGGGCAGCAGCAGCGGUUUAGGCAGUGGUACAACACAUCAUGUAAUAUCACACCUUUUUCAUUGUUUCCAUUUGUUUUCUUGUUGGUCAAGAUAACAGGACAAAAUUUAACUCUUUUGUUUUUUUUUUCACUCAAAAUUUUAUGUAGAUUUGUCAUCCUCUAAAACCUGGUAAAACAUGGUUAAAUUAGCCCUUACAAAAUCACAGAAUUCGCAUAACUUAUUGCACAAUAGACUUAUCACACAAUAUACCCUGAAAAUGCCGCAUAAUUUCUGAUUUUGUUAUUGCACCCUAAUUGAAGGCCUGUUUUAUGUAGUGCUGUUAUUGUCUUGACUUUAGGUGGAGCAGCAGCCCAAAGAGCAUCAAAAGGGGCACAGGAAGGUGCUAAAAGAGCUGCAGCAAACAGUGUUGCAGGACUUAAUUUGCAGGUUAGUUCAGCUACCUUUUUAAAAGGUUUAUCUAGACAUCAAACACCUAAACAUAAUUUACUAUUGCAGUGGAACCUUUCCUUUGGGACACCUCUGUUCAAAGGACACCCCCAUUCAGGGGACACAAAGUUGGUUCUGCAGAAACGCCUGUAUAAUCGUUUUAUCUAUUACCUCUGUUGAAGGGACACCUCUAUUCAGGGGAAAAGGGACACUUUCUGGGCCCCAAAACCUGGCUUUAACCUCCAUUCAGGGAACACCUUAGCACUCAAAGAGUGACUGACUACAAAGAGGGUUGAUAUCUUUCAGUGUGUACACUAAUGGCAAUUAUGGAAGCUUUCACAAACUGAACCAUCUUACUUAAAUAAUUGAUGUAAUGCACUUUUGUCAAUUCAAGAAUAAGAAUAAGAACAAUCUUAAUUAUGCUUUUGUGGAUGUAGGUGGUUUAUAUAACAAUCUGUACACUUACUUGCAAUAAGAGAUUAAUUAAAUGUAAUGAAAAUAACAUGCAAGCUUGGAAGCUAAAUGAACCAGUUGGUUUUCUUGUUAGCGCCCUGAACAAUUACGGUACUAGGUAGCAGGUAAAGUCAAAAGAAAUACAACGAGAAAAAAAAAUUAAGAACAAAAAACAAAGAAGGAACAACUUAUUUACAUGAAGUAUGUUGCCUCAUCAGCAAUUAGACAAAAGUUUAUAUCGUUUGUUGUUCUGACAGUAUACAGUUGUACACAAUUUUAUCCUGAAAUGGAGACGCUCUUGAGUUUUUUUAAAAUGAGUUUUUAAAAUGAGUUGGAAGGUCUCUCCAAAAUGUCCGUAACCAUAAAAGAGAUUGAUUGUUUGCCCAUUUGUCAUAGUUGUUUAACUGAGAGGUAAUUCCUUAAUUUCGUUAACUAUUAUUCCAGUGUUUCGAUAUAAUGGGAACAGACAAAUGAUACGUGAUAUUUCCAGCUUAAAGACUCGUUGAUCAUAACACCUAGAGCAGAGAUCAAUCUAUGAUGAAUUUUUUUUAAUGUUGUCUUUGUUUUUUAACUAUUAACAAAACCCCCUGCUAAACCUCUAUUCAGGGGGCACCUCUAUUCAAGAGACAAUUGCCUUGGUCCCAAGGCUGUCUGCUGAAUGGAGCUAGAGAUUUCACUGUUACAAUUUUAAGAAGGCAAUAUACUCCUUCUGUGGUUAGUUUUUAGUUUUGCGUCUUUGGGGACUUUUACAUUUAUGCAUCAGGGACGCAGGACACAGAGGUAACAAAAUCACCGAAAAUCUGUCACUUUUUUGGUCAAAAGUCCCAGUAGUGGCCUGUUUUUGCUUACAUUGUGAAGUUCCAGAAACAUCCAAACCCCACUCCACAGAGGGCAAUUUUACUUUAGACCCCCCAUCCCCUGGAAUUUUCAUACUAGAGGGUGCUUGACAAAAUGCUACUGGGACCAUAGGGAAAAAGGCUUCUGGCCUUCUAUCCUUUUUUUGAGUGUAGUGAACAAGUUUCAAUCUUUGUUUGUUUCUUUUUCUAUGUUUUCCUCCAUCUGCAUCAGGAAGCCAAGCAGAUUCUUAAUGUUCAAGAUCUAGACCCAGAAGUAAUUCAAAAGGUAUUUGAAUGAACUGACUUGUAUAAAAUUGUGUUACAGGUGAAAAUAAUAAUUAUUAAUUAUAUUCAGAUUAAAAUAUUUCGGCCUAGGUUGUUUCUCAAUUUUCUUUGUCUUCUAUCCCUUAUCAGGCCAGGCUACAAAUAACAGUCGAUCAUCGAAAAUAACUGGCCGACCAAAAUUUGCUAGUGUCUGACCAAAUCCCACCUGUGUUCUGACAUUAUAUGUAUGUCCGGAGAGUGUUUUUGUUUUUAUUGUAAAUCAUUUUACAGUAAGGAAAAAUAUGAAUCUACCUUAACUAAAUCUUACUUUGAGUUAAGACGAUCUCAAAGUCAUCAUGAAACAACAUUGACUUAGGAUGCAGUUUUCUUUUACAUUAGUGUAGUAUGUGCUCUGUUUUACCUGAUAUAAAAUUUUUGAUGUCUGACCAAAAUUUUGUUUUGUCCGACCAAGAUGGUGUCUUAGUAGGGCAUAUGUCCUUCAAAGAGAAAAAAUGAUUUGCAACCCUGCCUGUUUAUUCAUUAAGAAUGAAUCUACAUUUUGUAGAUUAAAAGAAUUUAACCUGAAUACAGUUAAAAUAAUAAUUAUUGACCUGUAGCAUAUUAUACAGUGUACAUACACAUGUAGCAGCUAUCUGAAAGUGACUAUGAAAUAAGCUUAGCCAGGACUGUUGCUGCAAACGGUUGCUUUUACUUAAAAAAAUGGAUUAUCUAUGUUGAUACAGUAAUUACCAGUGCAUUUACAGGGAGUGAUAAUUAGAUUUAGUUGUGUUUAUAAUGUUUGUUUGUUUGCAUUUUUUAAGGUUAUGUUAGACAACUGAACAUUUUUAACCCUAAAUUAAAUCAGGGAGUAAGUCCUUUUAUUUUAUUAGUUGACUGGUUGGUCAUUUGUAAGAACUCAAAAACAAAGGUAAAGGCCAGCGGAUAACUCACAGGAGUGAUCGGGUCGAUCACGUGGAGGAGUGGUUGAUUAUGAGAGCUUUUCAGUACACAGUUUCAUGAACACUGUGAGUCAUAAAUGCACUUCAAUGUUUCCCGCGAAUACAGACAUCUGCAAUAUGGCCCCAGAAAUUCCAUAUUGAAGACAGAAUCUGGUCAGCGAGCAAUGUUUGGUCAACGUAGUAACUCUAUUAUUUUAGCCACUUUAUGACAAACAAAAGGCAUAAGGUCACAAAGAUCAAAUGUAAACGCCGUGAAUCUACAGGAAAAGAGUCAUUAUUUGUGGAACUGAAUUUUGCCGUUGCUCGUUCGCAGAAGAACUCAAAACUUAGACCAGAAGAAACACAACUCGAACAAAUUUACAUCUGACUGUCAGAUUAAUUCUGCAGACCUUGUUUCACGUCAUCCCUAUGGCAUUCUGGGGGAAAAAUCGCAGAUGUCUUCCGCGAAACGACUCUAGCAGCCAGGUACGAUGAGAGACGUCUGCAUUCUAUAGCUGUUGCUUAUGGGACAAGUCGCAAGGAGAGCGUUGACCGUACAUGUUUUUUUUGUUUCGUUUUCUUACAGAACUUUGAUCACCUCUUCAAAGUCAAUGAAAAGAAAGCAGGUGGAUCUUUUUACCUACAAUCAAAGGUAAGCAUGUGCACUCAACAAAGUCAAAUGAAAAAAAGAAAGUGAUGUAAAUCCAUUGUUGUAAAUGAGUUUACAGGAGUGUUUACUCGACCUUAAAAAAGCUUCAUCAGGGUAACACAAGCAUUUUCCUCUCUAGUUUAAACUAAACGUAGCCCGUAAGAUUCCCAACUGGCUAGGGACAAAUCAGUUGGCUGUUUACAAGCGUGAAUAAAGAGAUUAACUUGGGAAUGCCAAUAAUAAUAAAUUCAUGUAGUGGUCAUUGCGGGAUUUCAGCUCAGGGUUUUAAGAUUGCAAGUUCACCGCUGACCUCUCCGAAGAAAUCCAACUGGUAGGAGACAAACCAGUUGGCCAUGACAAUCGUGGCCAAAAUGUUCAGCUACAAACUACUUAUACCUAGAAACAAAUCCGGGCAGUGGUCAUGGCAGGACUUACUGUAAAUGUAAACCGGGUCUGCCCGAUUGCAUGUCCCGCGCCCUGACCAUUUGGCCACCCUGUGUCGCCCGGUGUCCGGUGGUUUGACUGGCACAAAACGACUUCGAUAUGCAGCGAAACGACUUUGUAGCGAAACGAAAGGUAAGCUCUCGCCCCAUAUUAUAUACACUAUUGGCUCUGUGCUAAUUGCCCUCCGUUCUUAUUUCCUCUUUUAGGUUGUAAGAGCGAAGGAGCGGCUUGAUGAGGAGUUAAGAAUACAACAAACUGAAAAUGAAAAACAGAACCAGAAGCGCGAUGACGAAUCGGAAACGUAGCAUACGCCGAUUUAAAAAAGUUACAAGAUUCUUUUUCAUUAGAAUUUAGCAACGUAUGAAAAGGCAUCUCUUUUUAACUCUAAAAUUCCUGCUCCGUGCUUGUCGCUCCUUGUUCACCUUAUUUCGCUCUACUGAACUCUUUGAGUGUAAUUUCUUGCGCUACAUGUACGUGUCUCUUCGUCAGAAUUACGGAUUAACUUUUUUAUUAUUAUUUUCCCGCCAUAUUCUUCACAACAGGAGACCAAACAGGUUAACUAACUCUUGAACUGUAGGUAGAUAUUUCGUUAAGUAAUCUGGUUUGUAUCCUUCCAGAGCGGCCUGGCCAUCUGAACUGUGGAAGCCUAAGUAUGAGGACAAAGUGACCACCUCGUGUUCGGGCUCCGUCAGCUAAAAGAUACGGAUGGUUCUGGGAAGGGAAAUAGAAAUGUUGUGGGUAAUUUCCCCGGUGGAGGAGGUUGCAAAGGCGUUAUUUUCCUGCUUACGUUUUCCUUCUCCAGUCCACUACAAAUUAUUAUUUCAUCUAUCUUGUAUUUUUUUGGUUCAUAGCGGUUGUAGCGGCGAGAGGCAGCUAUGUUGGCCAUUUUAAACCUUGCAUAUUAUUUUAUUCACGAAUUUGAAAUAACAUUACAUAUACAAAAUUAUGUGGUGUAGUUAAGGGCUCUUCUUCAUUAAAGGAAUAAAAUUCUCGCCAAAUUGUGCCCUGGUGAUACAUGGUUUUAAACGAGCAGCAGAAUUUGAAAGACAGUGCAUCGGCUAAAAGCAUUAUAUUUCUCUCAAACAGCAAGUCAGUGAAUCAAAGAAGAAUGUUAUCAAUAGUAACUAUGCAAUUUGGGGUUCAAACACUUGCCAGCGGCAGGUUCUGUUUGUCUGUUCAGUCUGUACUAAUGUUGCUCUUUAAGCUAGCUUAUGAAGACGACCUCUCAGUAAAGGAAUAACCAUUAAUAUUUUAGCAUUGAACAAUUCCGAAGAAAUCCCUACGUACUGAUAAUUUCAGGCAGUCUGAGAUUUGAAUAUGUAGCCGCCCGAUGUCUCAGAGCCCGAUAGGUAUUGAAGCAACAGCUGUAUUAAAAGUCGAUUUCCAACAAAUAUUUACCGCUAGUGAUUUUCCAUUGCCAGGAAAAAAAAGCUAUACCAGUCCAUAAAAGAGUGCGACAAUUGUAAAGAAAAUUUGAUUUACUACAGACUCACCACCACUUCAUUCCAGCGUAAAGGUUAUUCGUUGUCCAUUUGUGUUCAAAUUUUAGGGCUUCCCUCGUUUAAGCGCAGUGUGAGAAACUGUAGGUAGAUACGUACAAUUCAAAACUUUUCUGCCCUUCAGGUUAUCAUAUUUUCUCAGGUACGC